AUGGACCAGAUCAGUGCUGUUUCAGAUUUCAGACACUACCAAUGCGUAUGAGACUCACUACAGUGUAUGAAGUAACAGAUAUUCUGUGUACAAAACCUGGAGUCAUCUUUACUCUACAGAACGGUCGUCAUGUGUGUGCAGAUCCCCAAGUCAUGUGGGUGAAGUUCAACAUGAACAGAAUUGACCAGUUUCAGUUUAUCAGACUGAACAAUACUGAAGCUGGACCUGGACCAGAUCAGUGCUGUACCAAGUUUCUGCAACAACCAAUCCCUGUAAGAGUCAUUACAGAGUAUGAAGAAACAGAUCCUGAGUGUAUACACCCUGGAGUCAUCUUUACUCUACAGGACGGUCGUCAUGUGUGUGCAGAUCCCCAAGUCAUGUGGGUGAAGAAUCACAUUAACAGAAUUGACCAGCUUCUGCUUGAUAAUCUGAACAACACUGAAGGCUAG